AUGAAUUAAAAUAAAAGAUUAUAAAAUAUUUAUUUUAUAAGAGUUUAACAAAGUGAAAGGAACAAGAUAUAUUAAUUCAGAAAUAAUAUGAUACUUUUGAGCUUUAGGAUCUGCGUAAAAAUGAUGGAGAGACUUAAAUAUCUAAGAUCUUCAAAAGGAAUGAAUGAUAAGUAUUUGAUAAAAGAGAUUUUUUAUUUAGACCAGCUUUAGUAAAAGAAGCAAAAAAUGAUUUAGAUGAAAUGCUAAAGAUAAUACAAUAGAUGCAAUCUAUUCAAUUAUUACAAAGACAGAGAAUGUAAAUAAUAUUUAUAAAUUGAAAUAUAGUCACAAAGAUAACAAACUGUAUAGAUUUUGAUUCAAGUAUUCU